AAAAAGUUUUUCGUGUAGCAGUUUCCAGGUUUUCAGUUCCAGCUGUUACUACAUCUGCUUUACAUUUCGUUACUUAUACGUGACUUGGCUUGUACUUAAGUUGAGUUGAUUGCCAAGACAAUUUAAAAUUUGUGACUUGAAGACAAGAGUAAGACGGUGAAAAAAAAUAAACAAAAACAAAAAAAUGGAUUCUGUUGGUGCUGCUGCUGCCGCUGCUAAGCGUGUUCAAAUCGAAAAGGCACACAAUUUCAUGCGCCAAUACCGUGAUCCAGAAUCACGUGAACUUAAGAAGCUCUCUGCAAAUCAGUUCAUGGAUGUUUGGUCGCAUUAUGAUAAAGAUGGCAACGGUUAUAUUGAAGGCACCGAGUUGGAUGGCUUUUUGCGUGAGUUCGUGGCAAGUGCAAAUGCAACAGAUAUAAGUCCUGAAGCUGUCACCGACACAAUGCUGGGGGAAUUGAAAUCAUGUUUCAUGGAGGCUUACGAUGAUAAUCAAGAUGGCAAAAUUGAUAUAAGAGAGGUAAGUAUUGAGAAGAAUACAUGA